GCUGCCCAGAGGACGGACGUCAACAGCCAUCUGCCCAUCUCCCCCACCACGAGCGAGUCGUCUCCUGCACCACAACCACCACCACCACACACAGAUACGAGACAUUCGAAGCCAUUCCUUGUCGAACAACAUACGAGGCGCACGUCGAUAUAAAACACACUUGCCAUCACCAUCCACCCCAACCGCCCACCAUGAACCGCCUCUUCGGCUCCUCCAACAAAGGGCCCAAGCCCACGCUGAGCUCGGCAAUCAGCAACGUCGACGACAGGAUAAGCAGCAUAGACGUGAAGCUGUCCUCCAUCAACGCAGAGCUGCAGACCUACCAGACAAAACUAUCCCGGAUGCGCGACGGCCCCGGCAAGACGGCCCUGAAGCAGAAGGCCCUCAAGGUCCUGCAGCGGCGCAAGGCCUACGAGGCGCAGCGCGACCAGCUGCAGUCGCAGGUGUGGAACAUGGAGCAGGCGGGCAUGAUGCAGGACAACCUCAAGAACGUCAUGACGCAGGUCGACGCGAUGAAGACGACGCAGAAGGAGCUGCGCCGGCAGUACGGCAAGGUCGACAUCGACCGCAUCGAGCGCAUGAACGACGAGAUGGCCGACCUGCUCGACGUCGGCAACGAGAUCCAGGAGUCCCUGAGCCGCGGGUACGACGUCCCCGAGGACGUCGACGAGGCCGAGCUCGAUGCCGAGCUCGAGGCGCUCGGCGCCGAGGUCGAGAUGGAGAGGGAGCUGGGCGGCGGCGCCGAGGCGCUGCCUGGGUUCAUGCAGGACGAGGUCCCUGAUUUCAUCGACGAGCCGCCGCAGGCUGAGGCUGGGAAGGCUGUCAAGGAGGCCGCUGGGUGAUUGCACUCACUGGUGGUGGUGUGUUGUUCAUGAUGGCCUGAACAUACACAUGCACGCAUGCUAAACUGAGGGGGGGGGGGGGACUUCGGUGAUUCCUGUGUUCAUGGAUUGGAUUUCGGGGCGUUCAAGGGAAGCAAGCAUUCAUGUCGGCAGCAAGCUGGAUUGGAGUUGGGAGGCAAGAAUGGCCACAGACUCACUCGUCUUUUUUUCGCCAUUGCCAAUGAAUGGCAUACUAUACGAUGUGCACAAUGAUGCGAUCUAUUACUCGCACGGCAGCAUUUCGACGACGUUUCACCCGAGCCUGUGCUCGACCGUACCCUACGAUGGGCUAUCGUGCCCUUCUUCCGUGUCUGUGCCGAAAUAUCCUGUCGGCCAGCCCUUCUCGCGGCCUCUAAUAAAGGGGGGAGAUGGUCUCGAUAAUGUUCGUACCGCCGGCACGAGCCUCCCCGGCCACCCAUUCAUUGCCUGCCUGACCUCUCCAAGUCUCGGUCGACAAACACGUAAACCCGAAGCACACACGCAGGAAGUGUUCAAC